AUGGCAACUGAGGGUUCCCUCAUUUCGCCCUCUUUCGCAGAAUUUCGGAAACGCUCUUUACCUUCCCAUAUCAUUGAGUCUCAGAAGAAAGAAGCGUUAGCGAUGGUGUCGGAAAAGGAGUCCGAGGACGAACAACCACGACAAGUACAACCAUCUCUUAUCAAGCGAUAUUUUUACAAGAAGGCAUCGAUAUCUGGAACAGGCGAUAGUGGAAGUGAUGAAGAGACAAUCCUUCGUUUCUCAUUCUUGUCUCGAGGGUUCAUCACGUUGGCUGUACUUCUCUGCAUGAUUAUAGUGGCUACGCUAUGCGCUGUUUUGGCUACGAUAUAUGUACGACAUCACGACAAGGAAGAAGCACUGCGGCGGUCACCUGUUCACGAGGCAGUAUUCGCCAACUUCGCCGAUCCGGCGGUGAUUGAACAUGAGGGUCUGUUCUACGCGUUCGCCACAACAAAUGCGGCAGGUAUUCUUGCACAGCCACAUAACACGACGGUCGUCGAUUACGGUAGGAGCAACGUACAGAUAGCAACAAGUCCGGACUUCAAGAACUGGACUCAGCUAGAUUACAAGCACGAUCCCCUUCCAAGUAUGGGUAAUUGGGUCAAGAGUGGCCUGACCGAGAAGCAAGUCCCCAAAGCCAACGUCUGGGCCCCUGCUGUUAUCAGAAGAGCCACAGAUAACAAAUUCAUCUUGUACUAUUCUGCUGCGGCAGAGAAUGCGACGCGAUCGCACUGUAUCGGCGCUGCGAUUUCGGAGACGUCGUCACCAGCCGGACCUUAUUCUCCACUGAACACAACCAUUGCGUGUCCUAUCUCGAAAGGCGGUGCUAUCGACCCUUCGCCAUUUAUCGACACAGAUGGCUCGUUCUACGUCGUCUACAAGGUGGACGGCAACAACGUGGGAAACGGCGGUAUCUGUGGGAACAGUGUCCCUCCUUUGGCUUCGACACCUAUCAAACUGCAGAGGAUGAACGCAGAUGGAGUCACACCAGAAGGUCUGGAUGUCACGAUCCUCGAUCGUAUCGAGCAAGAUGGACCCCUCGUGGAGGCACCAGUCCUCGUCAAAAGUGCAGAGGGCAUAUAUUUCCUCUUCUUCUCGUCCGGAUGUACAAGAGAUCCUUCGUACGACGUCAAAUAUGCUUGGUCCAAGAAUAUUGAAGGUCCUUAUCGGCGUGCAAGCAAACCUUUGCUGAAGACAGACGACUUCGACUUAAACGCACCUGGAUCAAUUGGUCUUACAGAUUUGGGAGAUGGAACUUUUGGUAUGGUCUUUCAUGCUCGAGUCGAAACAUUGUAUGGAAGAGUCAGAGCGAUGUACACUUCGAUCAUCCGGUUCCACGGGACGAAAGUUGUGAUAGAUCGGAAGAAUGUUGUUAGUUGA